AUGGAAAGUGUGAUCAUGAAGACGGGAGCCAUGAGGUUAAUCUCCCAUGGUUCGACAGGCGAGAUGAAGACUUUAAACAGCUACGGAAAAAUUGUUUUAAAUCCAGAAUUACUUGAUAGCCUCAAGUAUUAUGCGAGAUUCAGGCAAACAGGCAGUAUUGAAUGUGUCAACAGCUUGUCACUGGUGUGUACACCAAAGAGAAUACCGCUAAGUUACAGGGCUUACAAAGUCAGAAAGCACUUGGCAGCAGUUGACUGGAAUUACCACCUUCACCUUCCUAUGGCUACCAAAACUACAGGUGAACAGAUUUUCAGUCGAAAGUACAACCAACGUACACAACAAUGGGAUGAGAAAAUUGCCAAAGCUAACAAGGGGAAUGAGUAUUUCCCUCUCCUCAUUACCAAAAUGUUUCAUGCCAGGAUGGAGAGUGUUGAUCUGGUUGCACGGCAUGUAUCACUCAACGAAAGUGAUCCACUUUGGCUUAUUACGGAUCCCCGUUUGUAUUAUCCACCUGAUCAAGACCAGCCAAGAAGAAGCACAAGAGCUACUCCAGUUGCUUGCCUCUGGAAAACAUCCAGAUCCUCUAUACCAGAUACCCUAGUAGCAGAGAGGCAUCCCAAUUUGAAGGAAAUUGUUCUGAUUAAAUUGCAAGAAACACCAAGGGAACAAGAUUGUGAUGGAAAAUUAAAGGAAAUACUCGGAUCAAUCGAGUGGACACAAACUUCAUUCCCACUGUCCUGCCCAAGAGGAAUGACUCGAAUGAAUGUCAGCGUCCUUGUGCAAGCUGUUUUAGAGUACUUGAAAGACAACCCUCCUAUUACUCCUCAAGAAAGCAACUUUCAGGCUGAACUGAAAGCAGCAAGCCAUUGGUACUGGUUCGAAGAAAAUGAGCGAAUGCAGUUUGUGUCGCGCCAUUUUGAUGAUAUGCAGCUUAAAAAGAUUGCAAAACUUGCUUUAGAAAGGUGGACUGAGAAACUGAAUGAAAUAGAAAGUGAAGCUCAAAAAUUGCUGUCCGCAAAGCAAGGGGAUAGUGAUGACAGUGAUUCAUCUGGCGGCAUUGAAGAUGAAAUCUCAGAUCUCGAGGACAGCAUUUUCUCCCUGAGGAUGUAUUACGGCAAGGCGCUGGAAGGAGCUGAUGAUGAUAAUUUGCCAAGCAUUGGUACCCAUACCUCACGUGAAGAUGACAGAAAACCUAAAAUUAGAGAGGUCAGCAUCACUUAA